AAAGGGGCAGAGCGCUUUUCAGCACCGCCUUUAUCCGCCCGGUGCGGGGCGGUUCCGGGGCGGUUCCGCGGUGCGCGGCGGCGCUUCCGCCACCAUGAACUACAUGCCGGGUACGGCCAGCCUCAUCCAGGACAUCGACAAGAAACACCUGGUCCUGCUGCGGGACGGUCGGACGCUGAUCGGAUUCCUACGCAGCAUCGAUCAGUUCGCAAAUCUGGUGCUGCAUCAAACCGUGGAGCGCAUUCACGUGGGCAAGAAGUAUGGAGACAUCCCCCGAGGGAUCUUUGUUGUGAGAGGAGAGAACGUGGUGCUGCUGGGGGAGAUCGACCUGGAAAAAGAGAGCGACACGCUGCUGCAGCAGGUAUCCAUCGAGGAGAUCCUGGAGGAGCAGCGAGUGGAGCUGCAGGCCAAGCAGGAAUCAGAGAAGCUGAAGGUGCAGGCGCUGAAGGAACGUGGCCUGGUGGUACCCAGGGCUGACACGUUGGAUGAGUACUGAUGGGAUGGGAAUGCUGCCCACGGAACUCAGCACUGUGCUGCGUGGUGCAGGCAGUGAAAUCGUGGUUUCUGUUCCUCCUUGAGGAAAAGGAGGAGAGAUGACAUCGGGGUGCCCUCGGAGGUAACCGGACGCUCCGGGGAUCGUGGCAGUUUCUGUUCAGAGAUGAACACCUCUGUUCUUUUUGGUUUGUGUCUUCUGGCUCCUCGCGUGGAGCUGAAUGAGAGCUUCCCUUCACCUGUAAAUAAAUCCCUGAUCUCAGCAGCAACAG